AUGGGGGGCUGGUUCCUCCACCCAUCAAACUGCUACUGGCACCCAGCUCCCUUCCCCAAGCCCAUAUGCUACUGGCACUUGGCCCAUUCCCCCAUUCCUUCACCUCCUUCAACCAAACCCUCGCCUCCUUCAACUGACCCCUUGCCUCCUUCAACCAACUCCUUGCCUCCUUCAACUAACCCCUUGCCUCCUUCAACCAACCCCUUGCCUCCCUCAACCAACCCCUCACCUCCUUCAACCAACCCCUCAGCUCCCUCUCCCAACCCUCAGCCCCCGCUCCAAGACUCUCAGCUCCCUCCACCAAACCAACUUGACAUAAUUGACCCCUCACCUCCUUCAACCAACCCCUCAGCUCCCUCUCCCAAACCCUCAGCCCCCUCUCCAAGACUCUCAGCUCCCUCCACCAAACCAACUUGA